CGGAGGAAGCACCCGUCCCGCCCCGUGCUCUGCCUGCCGGGGCCGCCCGGCCCCGCCGCACUCGCCGCGGAGACCGAGGGGAGCGGAGCCGCAGCCCCCAGCGCCAUUGCCGCCCUCAGCCCGCCAUGGCAGGAGCCGUUGAUGGGAAGGACACACUGAUGUCCCAGCUGGAUUACUGAGCUCCUCAGUGACUCCUGGAGCUGCUGCUGCUGGAAUAAAGAGCUGUCCUUGCUUCUUGGCCUGUCCCAGAGGCACCUCCUGGGUGCUGCAUGCAGGUCCUGGACGUGCUGGACACCAUGGGGAUUGGCAAGAACACCACGUCCAAGUCGGUGGAGGCAGGAGGAGGCUCCACGGAGGGCAAAUACGAGGAUGAGUCCAAGCACCCCACCUUCUUCACCCUGCCUGUUGUGAUCAACGGCGGGGCCACGUCCAGCGGUGACCAGGACACGGAGGACACGGAGCUGAUGGCCAUCUACACCACCGAGAAUGGCAUAGCAGAGAAGAGCUCCCUGGCAGAGACCCUGGACAGCACUGGCAGCUUGGAUGCCCAGAGGACUGACAUGAUUUACACCAUUGAAGAUGUUCCUCCCUGGUACCUCUGCAUCUUCCUGGGCUUGCAGCACUACCUGACGUGUUUCAGCGGGACCAUCGCCGUGCCCUUCCUGCUGGCCGAUGCCAUGUGCGUGGGCUUCGACCAGUGGGCCACCAGCCAGCUCAUCGGGACCAUCUUCUUCUGCGUGGGCAUCACCACCCUGCUGCAGACCACCUUCGGCUGCAGGUUACCCCUGUUCCAAGCCAGCGCUUUUGCAUUCUUAGCACCUGCCAGAGCAAUCCUCUCUCUGGAGAAGUGGAAGUGCAAUAACACAGAUGUAACAGUUGCAAACGGAACAGCAGAGCUGCUGCACACGGAGCACAUCUGGUACCCCCGCAUACGAGAGAUCCAAGGUGCCAUCAUCAUGUCCUCGCUGAUCGAGGUGGUGAUCGGGCUGCUGGGGCUGCCCGGGGCCCUGCUGCGCUACAUCGGGCCCCUGACCAUCACCCCCACCGUGGCCCUCAUCGGCCUCUCGGGCUUCCAGGCUGCUGGGGAGAGAGCUGGCAAGCACUGGGGCAUCGCCAUGCUGACUAUUUUCCUAGUAUUGUUGUUCUCCCAGUAUGCCAGAAAUGUCAAAUUUCCCUUGCCCAUUUAUAAAUCCAAGAAAGGAUGGACAGCAUACAGGCUGCAGCUUUUCAAGAUGUUCCCUAUCAUCCUGGCCAUCCUGGUGUCCUGGCUGCUGUGCUUCAUCUUCACGGUGACAGACGUGUUCCCCCCGGACAGCUCCAAGUACGGCUUCUACGCGCGCACGGACGCGCGCCGCGGCGUGCUGCUGGUGGCCCCCUGGUUCAAGGUGCCCUACCCCUUCCAGUGGGGGCUGCCCACGGUGUCGGCGGCGGGCGUGAUCGGCAUGCUGAGCGCCGUGGUGGCCAGCAUCAUCGAGUCCAUCGGCGACUACUACGCCUGUGCCAGGCUCUCCUGUGCUCCUCCUCCUCCCAUCCACGCCAUCAACAGGGGGAUUUUCAUCGAGGGCCUCUCCUGUGUUCUGGAUGGAGUGUUUGGGACAGGGAAUGGAUCCACCUCCUCCAGCCCCAACAUUGGGGUCCUGGGCAUCACAAAGGUUGGCAGCCGCAGGGUGAUCCAGUAUGGAGCUGCCUUCAUGCUGCUGCUGGGCAUGGUGGGCAAGUUCAGCGCGCUCUUCGCCUCGCUGCCCGACCCCGUGCUGGGGGCUCUCUUCUGCACCCUCUUUGGGAUGAUCACGGCCGUGGGUCUGUCCAACCUGCAGUUCAUCGAUCUCAAUUCCUCUCGGAAUCUCUUCGUGCUGGGAUUUUCCAUCUUCUUUGGGCUCGUCCUGCCCAGCUAUCUCAAACAGAACCCCCUGGUCACAGGAAUUGCAGGCAUUGAUCAGGUGCUGAAUGUCCUGCUCACCACGGCCAUGUUCGUUGGGGGCUGCGUGGCCUUUGUCCUGGACAACACCAUCCCAGGAAGCCCCGAAGAAAGGGGAAUUCGGAAGUGGAAGAAAGGGGUUGCCAAAGGAAGCAAAUCCCUGGAUGGCAUGGAGACCUACGAUCUGCCUUUUGGCAUGAACUUCAUUAAAAAGUACAGGUGUUUCAGCUUCCUGCCCAUCAGCCCCACCUUCGUGGGGUACACGUGGAAAGGCUUCAGGAAAAGCAGCAGCUGCAGGAGUUCAGACGAAGACUCAGAAGCUACAGUAUAGCCUUAGCUGAAAUUCUAUUCUCUAGUUGUAGUCAAAGAUGUAUUUGCAGUUUCUUGCUGAUUAAGAAGCAUUAAAAUAUAUGUUUUGUAUAUCUGCAUUUAAAUUCUGGAACCAGAGCUGAGACGGAUUUAAAAAAAAAAAAAAGAAAAAAAAAUUAAAAAAAAAAAAGCUUUUCCUGCUGUGGGUGGUGGGAGCCAGGUCUAGUGUCUCUGGGGCAAAUCCUGCUGAUUUUGGGAAGUUGGAGAGAGCUGUGCACCUGAUUCUGUUGGGGUUUAAUGGGUUUAGGUGGAGGUGGGGAGGUGCUGCUGCAGAUUUUUCAUUUUUGUGGUGAUUUUAUUGGAGCCCUCAGCGUUGGUUACGCCAGGAAAGCUGAACCUUGGAGAAGGAGGAGGGGAAAAAAGAGAGAGAAAAGGAGAAUUAUUCCUUCUGACCAUGUCAGAUCCAUGGAUGCUGCUGUGCUGCUCAGUGAUUUGCACAUUCCAUGUUCUCAGAGCCCUGGAGACGGGCUCAGCUGAUGCUGCCAACCCAGGAGAGCUCCACUCUGAGCAGCCCCUGGUUUCAGUGACACAUCAGUGCUCAGCCAGGAAGUUUCUGGAAUAACUCUGCCUCUGGAAGCCUUGGCUGGCUGCAGCAGCCCCUUCUUCUCCUGGCAGCAUUUCUCAUUCUGCUUCUCCCCACCAGGAUUUCCUCUCGCCCAAACCUGGGCAGUGCCAGGGAUGGCAAACCUGAGCUCAGCCAGGACCUGCAGGCAGCCUUUGGGUUCAGUGCCUCUCCAGCAGGACGCUUCCUGCCCAGAAAUACUAAUUAGCUGAGCAGCUCCAAGCAAUUAACAGUUGUUCCCUGCAGGGACAGCCACGCUUGGGUCUCAGCAGGAUAUUUUUAUUUUUUUUUUUGCUGAUGGCUCUUCUCCUCUUGUGGGGCUUCUCCAGAGGCUGGGAGGGGGUUUGGGCCAGCAGAGACACUGCACCUGCAGCCUCACCCAGCCAUGGGUUCACGGGUAUCGGGUCCAAUCAGGGCACCACUCAAAUCUCCUUUUUUGUGUUCCUGGAAUAGUCUCAGCUCUGCUGUUACGUGGGUGUUCACGCUCAUCAUGCAUUCAUGAUUAACAGUUUUAUUCCUGUUUAAUGUUCUUACUAUUGCAAGUUAGUUUUAGACUUCAGUGUGGCCCCAAAAAGCAUUUUCAGCUGUGGAGAUCAUCAGGGAAAUGUUGUGUAAUGUAACUUCAAGGCCAGUAAUGCUCUCGGUGCUUGCGUUUUGUAUUCCUGGAAAACCAUACCAGUAGAUCCUGUGACCCCCUGAUCUAUUUAUCCAAGUGUGACUACUGGACAGGAGCACAGGAGCUCUUGUUUUCUCUGAGUCUGCUCCCAGGGGAAUUUGUUCUGGGUUCUUGAAGCAUGGACGGGUUGGGGUGGGGAGGGCAAGGACGGAGCUUGGCGGGUCAGUGCUGAGUAGUGUAGAGUGGGAACGGCCCCGUGCAGGUCGUUCCCAGCAUGCCAUGGCUGUUUCCAGAAACUGUUGUACCCCGCUUUUCCCGUGCCCAAGCAUGCCUUUGUUCCUGCUUCCUUCGGGGAACUUUCAGUAGUUUGCAGUCUUGGGGUCGGCCGGCCUCGGAGCUGCUCGGAGGAGUCGUUGUGUCGUAACGAGGUUGGUUUGCCUGUGAAACAAAAAGUCUUUUUUUUGCUCAUUUUUCAGUGUUUCCUCCCCCGGGGGAGCGAGGUGUUGGGUUCCCCUGCCUGCCUGCACACGGUUGGGUGUGGGAUCUCUGCUUCCACGUUCCCCAGCUGUCUGUGCCAGGCGUGGAGGGGUUAACAACGCCCCAAAAGCACCUCGGGGGCUCUGCAGCCCGAGGGCUUCUGCUGGUGGCAAUGCCACAGCUGGUUAUCCUGUAAAAGCGGAGAAAGGGAGGAAAAGCUUUUCAUUUCCAGCUGCAGAGGGAGGAGGGGAUGAGCAGAGUUUGUCUCACCCUGCUGGGGGAUCGGGCUGAGCUCCCACCGGGCAUUCCCAAGGCACUCCAAGCCCCAGGGCAGCAAAUCCUGCAUCAACUCUCUCUCCUCCCUGGAGUAAACUCCCCCACAGCACUCUCCAGGCAGAUGCAGCCCAGUUUUCUGUUGGAUUUAAUUCUUUUUGUGGUUUGUGCCCAUUUUUUGGGUCACUUUGGGGCAGGGGGACAAGCCCCCUUCUCCCAGGGUGAGUGCUCCAAGCUGAGCCCUGGGCGUGCAGGAGGAGCUGGGGUUGGGGAGUUGGAGGUGAAUUUUGGGAAGAGGAGCUGCCCUGUGCCCUCCUGGAGCCCCCCAGGGGAAGGAGAGCAGGGCUUUUCUUUUUGGGGGGGAGAAAAAUCCCUGAGUUCACCCCGGGUUUGUGCAGGGGACACUCUGGACCUUCAGUCCUUCCUUUCUCCUGUCACUUGGCCAAGUGGCUGCUGUGAAAUUCCAGAUUCCAGGGGUUGGGUUCCCCUGCCAGGGGUGGAGAGGAUGAGGUGCAGCUUUGGGGAGCACCAAAAUCCCAAAUUUCCAGGGAUUUGGGUGCCCCUGCCAGGGGUGGAGAGGAUGAGGCUGCAGGUUGGGGGAGAAUGAAACACAAAUUGUGAGAAUUAAACACAAAUUAUGAGAAUUAAACCAAGAUUGUGAGAAUUAAACCCAAAUUGUGAGAAUUAAACCCAGAUUGUGUGUGCUGGGGACGUCCAGGUGCAAACCUGCCAGUGCCAUGCUGGAUUUUCCUCCCUGUCCUCCCCUGCCUUUCCAAGCACCCAGGGAAGUUGGCAGCUGAGAGGUGAGUGAAGAGGUGAUGAGAAAUUCCAACCAGAUUUGGAGAGGGAAGGGCAAAUAUUCAUGGUAGAAAUCUCAUUUUGUCAUAUCAGAGGUGGCAUCAGUGUGUACAAACAAAAGUAACUUGGGAUUUUUGUAAUUGAUCUUCUCUUGUAUUUUUUUUAGGUUCGACUAAGGGUUCUUGCUGACAUGUUGAAACACGUUUUCUAAAGCAAAUACUUGCAAAUGAUGCCUAUAGAAAUUUAGGUUUCGUAGCUGCCAGCUAUGAGUGAUUAAUGUUGUCAUAUUGGAGGGACUUAGCUCAGAAAGCUCGACCUUUUCAACCCCAAAUUUGCUUUUAUUGCCUUUUAAUACUGACUUGAAAUAUGACAACUUGGUUUGUACAUGAAUAUUGCAGUAUUUUAUUUCCAUAUAUUAAGAAAAUAACAUUUCCGCUCAGGAGGAGCCUUUUCCUGGGAGGGAGUGGUAUGAGUGUCAUGACAAUGUCAUGUGAUGGUAGAAUUUCUUCAUUGACGAAUCUAUAGUGGUUGUGUAUACUUUAUUUACCCAUCCUUGUGUUCCUACCCAAAACUGGAGGCUUUUGUUGUUCCCUCCCCGCUGAGCCCUCCAGGCUCCCGGGGCGGGGGGGCAGAAUUGGAGAAAAGCCCUCAGCGAGUCAUUCACACCCAAAAAAAGUGCAAAGCCUGGGAUUUCGGGUGCGAGCAGCACCGGCAGGGCUGGCUGUGCUGCUGUGGCUGACCCUGCACGAGCUGACACCAGCACCGCCCUCACCUCCGCCUCUCCGUGGCCUUCUCCAGCCAAAAUCAGCUUUUGCUCCCCUUUCCUCCCCUUUUCUCCCCUUUUCUCCCCUUUUUCCAAGCGGGGCCGGGGGGGGCACUCAUUUCUCGCAGCAGAGCCCCAGGGCUGGGUGCAGUUUGUGUUCUGGGGGUCCCAGGCUGGGCUCGGAGCCCCCCGGGUGUUUCUGUGCCCUGGGCACUCCCCUGUGCCAGCCCAGCAAUUCCUGUGUUUGUCUGUUCAGAACAACCUCUGGUGUAACAAACUAUUGACUGUUCUUGGGCGGUGGGGAUAAAUUUCCUUUUUUUUCCAUGACUUUUCGUGACUGACUUUGGCUGUAAAACUUUUUUUGUUCAACAGCAAAAGUUUAUUUUGGGUUUUUUUUUUUUUUUCGUGUUUUUUUGGUUUGUUUUUUUUUUUUGGUUCUUCUUCCAAGAUGUGUAAUUCUUUUAUGGAUUUUUUUUUUAUUAUUAUUCUUUUUUUUUUCUAACAUUGCUUCAUUAAACAACUAAAUAUUUAAAAAAUGUAAUAUUUGGACCAGAUGUUGUGAAUAAUAGUAGAUAAAGCUAUUUUAUUCUGUAUUUUUAAAGCUGUUCAGUAUAAAUAAACGCGGGCAUAGAUGCA